CUGUACAGGGUGUCAGUCCCUCAUACACACAGGGCAGCUGCCUCCACUCCUCCUGCACCAGGAAGUAGGAAGAGAAAUGCGGCAGAGCCUGUGCUGUGUAACUACCAGCUGAUCCCUCGGGGCCCCCGGGCACAGACGUUAUACCUACAGAAAGGCGAGAGAGAUAAAAAGCCCUCAAAAUGUCUUCCAACAACAUCGGGCAGCAGUUCCAAGAUCAGUGGAACGAUAUCCUGGGCCGAGUGGCCAAUAAGCAGAUGUUCCAGUCCGACUGGGACAUUGCAGCCUUCGUCAUUUUCUUUGUGUUUAUAGGCCUGAUCCUGGUUCUGGUGAUCCUGGUGCUGAUCCGAUGCUGCUGCUGCUGUUGCUGUGACUGUGAAUCUCAAGGGCCAAAGAAACACUACAAGCAAAAAGUAGGCGUUGACAACCCAGCGAUGGAGCCGUAACCCCGCCUUCUUUCUUGUGACUGACAGUGACAACGAGCCAGUGAAUGAGCCAAGUGACUGCUGAGAUGAAGCCGUGUUCCUCCACGGUUGAUAUAUAAGAAUAGUGGUGUCACUGUCCCCCCCCCCCCAUAAGAAAUAGACCCACCUCCUUUUAAUCAAUGAAAGGACGUGUCGGACUUGAUUUUCUUUAUACAUUUCAUAUGUAGGCAAUAUUGUAGGCAAUAGUGUAGCAUUGGAUCCCUGUGCUCCACUUCUAAUAUUAGGGAGAACCUUUUAAAUGUUUACCCCAAAACCCCUUGAAAGAGUUACUAAUGGCUGCUCUUCAGGCUGCAGAGGAGACCUCUGGAUGGAAAUGGAGGUGCCUACUGCUGAAGGGCUGCAAAUACCCAGCUCAAACUGCAAAUGCACAGCCCAAAGUCUUCCUAAAGCCAAGCCCUAUAUUUGCUGUCAAAUUAUCAGUAGCCUUGCCUAGAACCAUUGCCAAAAUUCCACCAAAAUCUCCUAUCAUUUCAGUUCUUACAGCUUCUGUAGCCAUUUCCUCAAACGCCACCCCUUGAAUGUUCUAUAGCCAAUCUCCCUACGGCUUCUGUACCCUCUCCCAACCAACCAACUCCAACCUCUCCAGAUUAGCCAACACCUCUAGUAACCACGAGCCUCAAAUCCUCAUUAGUCCCAUCAUAUCAGCUCGUCUU